GGUCCCGCCCCGCGGCGCACGGUGGUGACGUGCAGAGUCCGCGACGCGUUCGGCGCGCUGAGCCGCGGCCCAGCCGACCCGCCGCGGAAACGCGGGGCGCCAUGGCUUCAGUGGGGGUGCCCGCCGGCCGGCAGGCCGAGGAUGCCCUGCCGCCGCCAACCGAGCCGCCGAUGCCCGAAACGAAACCGCUGCCGACGCCGCAGCUGCCGACGCCGGUCUCCGCGCCGCAGCCGCAGCCCGCGCCGAGGCCUCCGUCCCCGGCCGUCGUGAAGGCGGAGGAGAACUGCUCCUUCCUCCCGCUGGUUCACAACGUCAUCAAGUGCAUGGACAAGGACGGCCCUGACGUGCACCAGGACCUGAACGCCCUCAAGACCAAGUUUCAGGAGAUGCGCAAGGCCGUCAGCGCCAUGCCCGGCAUCCACCUGAGCCCCGAGCAGCAGCAGCAGCAGCUGCUGAGCCUCCGGGAGCAAGUCCGCACCAAGAGCCAGCUGCUGCAGAAGUACAAGAGCCUGUGCAUGUUUGAGAUCCCCAAGGAGUAGCCGAGGGGCCUCCCGUCUCCACCCUGGGAGGGCUCCUGUGGGCUUGCUGCGCUGCGCCUGCGCUGACCAAGGAGCCUGGCGUCCCUGGGUGGCGUGUCCCAUGUGUCCGGACGCAUGGGUGCCUGCAGGUGGAAGGAAGAAAGCUUCCCCAGGCCGGGUACGGGCAGGGGGCUCUGCCGUGCCUGCGGGCCCAGCUGGCAGACCCGAGGGCACAGCAGGAAGGCGGCAGCAGCCCUCUGCCCUCCUGCCCUGCCCUGAGACGGUGGCUGUUCCAGGAGCCCGUUCUGGAAACAGCAGCCUGCACAGAACUCCCUGGACAGCUGGGCCUGCGCUUGGGCGCCAGGGUUGAGACGCUAGAAGGCCCCGAAAGACUCGGCGGCGGCUUCCUGCCCUGGAGUCGUCGUCUCCUUUUGUCUGAGGCUUGGGUGCCACUAUCUGUAGGACGGUGGCCCCUCUCCGGGGUCUCUGCCACUCACGCGUCCUUGCCUCUUUGUCCCAUAUCCCCUGCAGUCAGCUCGUUGAGCUAUUUAAUGCCCAAGAGUGGCAGGCCACCUCAGCCCACGUGGUCACCUCGGCUGUGGUCUCCUGGCGGGCACACCCGCUCUUCCUGCCUCUCAGAGUCCUUGUCCCCUGGUCUAGGAACGAGUUUCCCUCUGACCUCCUCUCUGAGGAGGCAGCCACCAGCCUUCACUGCAGCAAACAGGUGGACGUGCUGCGCCCUCGGAGAAGGGCAGCUCUGAGUGACAGUUCGGAAGGUCCCUGGGUGGGAGAGCCGGACCUGGAGUCGUGCAGCCGAGGCGGCUGUGAGCCUGUGUUCCUUGCAGGCGGCCGUGGCGUUCGCACGAGCAGCCUCUUCCCGCCUCGCAAAGCGGAGCCGAGAAGUGCCCCGGGUAGCGUCUACAUCGAGAGAGGGGCUCAACCCCAACCCAUGCCGACCCACCUGCGGGCCUGCAGAUGCAGCUGAUCGGCCUCUGUGGCAGCAUUGUUGGUUGAAGCGGUUUUGGGCAGGGUCCACAGGGAGCGGCGUGCGCACAGGAGGUUCUGGUGUCGGUUGAAGCGGGCGUGUCCUGGUAGACGGGUCUGCGUGGGACGGUCACUAACUGAAUCGCUUAGCUCCUCGGAGUUUCAGAGCAGCGGGGGGCUGGCUUUAAGGCUCUGAUCAAAUGCCCCGGGACCCGAAGCCCAGCGACGCUGGAUGGCCCGGUCUUCCUGAGGCUACAGAGACUCGGGCUCCCCGCGUGUGGAGGGGGACGGAACCUCUCCUGUGCCCCAGUGGUGUGACUUGUGGCACUUUUCAAGAAUGUGAUUAAAGAACUGUGCUCUGUUGUCA